AUGGCAGCGGGGAGGGCAGCCCGUGCGCUGCUACUCACAGCAGCUGCUGCAACAGCGGCAGUAGCAGCAGAAGCGGCAGCAGUUUCAAAAGCUGAGCCAGCAGUGGACACACCUGUGAGCCCCCUGUCUCAAGACACCUCAUUAGAAUCCCAGGAAACGACUGCUCCUCAACGGUUUAUUGGAACGGCACUGGAAGCCAUCGCCGGCGCAGACUUCUCGCUGGACCCUGUUGAAGUGUCGGGAGGAUUCUUUUCAAGAGAUCCCGAAUACCUGCCCGACUCCUUUGUUGAACAACUUCCAGUUGAUGAGGAAACAUUUGACUUCAUCAUAGUCGGUGGAGGAGCUGCUGGCUGCGCCCUUGCAGAUAUUCUUUCCCAAUCUGGGAAAAAGGUUCUCCUCCUGGAACGUGGGAUGCAACGCACAAAGUUUACAUCUCCAAACGCUAUGAGCGCCAGAGGGGCAGGAAUCGGCCUCGCCGAUGCAACCAUCUCCCAGCCUGUUGGUACGGUGCAAGGUGUUCGAACCUUCUCGGGAGCAGUCAUGGGUGGCGGCAGUGCCGUGAAUUUGGGAAUUGUGAUUGGCGAGACUGAAGACUACUUUAGAGAGAUGGCUCGCCAGUUCCCUGGAUAUAACAUUGACUACGGGAGGUUGAAGCGAGUGCGCCCUCGCCUCAUCAAGCACUGUCUGAAGCGCAAAACAGAAUCGUUUGCUGACUUCAGGGACGGAUUUAGGGUGCAUUUAGAGAGUAGCUGCACAAGAACAGGUGGCCUGGCGUUCUCUGCAUGCAUGCAGGCGUACGACUACGUGGCGUGGAAACUCGCCAGGGCCAUGCCUGUGCUACCUCCUUUCGGGAACGCCUACAGCGACGCUUUAGCAUCAACAGGCUACAAGUACUGGGGAGGAGGGGCUUAUCCUGAGCCGAGUUUGUACGUUCGGCCUGGGUAUCAGUGGGUUGGGUACUCUCUCUUCGAUUCUAGAAACGACUUCCAUAGAAACGCCUCCGACGCACUACUCGAGCGUUUGCCCAACCUCCACAUCAAGACUCGACACACCGUCCGGAAAGUUACCUUCGUAGAUACACCUCACAGAAAAACAGCCAACUGCGUUGUCUAUCGGCCCACCAAAUACCAAGAUAUACGACCAAUUGGCGACUUGUGGAGUCUUUUCCCAUCUUCCGCUGCAGACUGGGCACCGUGGGUUGGCACCUUCUUAGAGCCAACUUCUGUUCUGACUGGCGCCGGUAUCGAAAACUCCGAAACGAAUCUCCGUCGUGUCUGCCUUUCUAAUCCUGGGACAGGCCGUAUUGUUCUCAGCACUGGGGCCGUCCAUACGCCUCUUGUGCUCUACCGAUCAGGCAUCGGCCCAGCGAUUCAGCUGAGCUUGCUCAAGGUCCCUCAAAUUCUAGAGAACCCUGCUGUUGGGUCGGCGUUCUCGGACAGAGUCUUCCUCUCUAUCCCUGGUUUUCUGAAGCACUAUACCGACGCCAUCCCUCUCAUUAAUCCCAGCAGGUCGUUGCGCCGCCUUGCGGCAAACGAAGAGCCAGGAUCACAAAAGGUCACGAAGCUACGGUUGAUCUCUAAGCCAUCUUUUGAGCCGAUUCUUUCUCAAGAACAGCUUGAGAAAGCGAUUACUCCGGAAGUCCGAGAUGCUGUAAACAAAAUUCUGAACCAAAAUGUGCCCGUCGAAGUCAUAACAAUUGACGAAGACGAUGAUCCCGCUUUCAGAACUGGGUUCGAGCCUCCCGUGCUCCUUCCCGAUAAUCUCAUGUUUCCUGGACCGCUGCAAUAUCUUGCACCCGCUCUACAGCCUCGUGUCUGUCAGUUUAUGGGCCUGAGGCACAUAGGUCCCCACUGCAAAGGACACCAGAUCAAUGAUCGCAACCUCGGGUGCUCUCUUGUAACAAUGGAGGAGUUGUCUGGCGACCGACUAGCUGAAGGUUUUAUCUAUGCCUCCCGCUACAUGUUCCCCACUGCAUUUCGCAAGGACCCAAUCCUGGAUGCCAUAACAGAGAUUCUCCAGGGGUGCUCCAACUACCGUGCUCCCUUCGGCAUUGUGAUCUUAAAGCCUCUCUGUGUUAUUGCUCAGCCUGUCGUCAAAUGUCUCAGAAAAGCUGUUGCUCCGUUCUAUUUCACCUCCGAGCCUAAAUCAAGAGGAAGCAUCCGACUGAAGCCCACGGGCGAAGUGGUCAUUGACCCACAGUACCUGGUGGAUGAACAAGACCUGUUCGAUGCAAUCCGCGGCACUGCAACAUUGGUCGAUCAAAUUAACGGAGAAAGCUACAGGGGUAUUAUCCAGGAAAAGGGCCCCAAAUCGUGUCCACUGGCAAUCCUGAAUGGCUUGCUGGACAUUCUUCUUACUCUCGCCAGCACUACGUCUCCCUUCCUAACCCACUCCUCCAACUUUGCCGAAAUUCAGAGGUAUCUGCAAGACCUGAUUCCCCCAGAGUCCAGACGCUUGAGGAGGUUGAUGGUGGUGAACGACGCCUACCGCAUGAAGCCGGCUGUCUACGAGGACGAGGAAGGCAACGAAUACGAAGACUACAGUGCUUUCGUUGAACACAACGUCGACGAAGCAAAAAUGGAGAAACUGGGCAUUAAGCGCCGACUGGAAGAGGUAGGGUUUGAUUUCGUGUCUUAUCGAGCCCACGUGGAGGGCACUGACGAGUCUGCGAAGGAUCCAUCGCUACAUCUGGGUGCCAUUGGUCGCCGCCUGGAUGCUGAGCUGGAGAAGGUGUUGGGGUCAGAGAAGAUGGAUGAGCUGAAGAAAGCUGCAGAGUCCAUCAAAUCCGAAGAGAUACUUAGGGCCUCACCCAACGAGCCAGGCCUUCAAGAAGCCAUUGAAGACUGCAAGAAACCGUGCACACAGAAAGCCGUCGACAACCACACCUGCGCGAAGCUGGACGUCUGUUGCACAACUUACGGAAACAGCAAAUGCAUUCGUCUCCCCGGCCAGCCAACCCUUGCAGAUCAACAAAUUAAAGGUCCCUAUUCAAACGCGGAUGCUGCCGACAGCGGCGGUGCAGUCAAGAAGGAAGAGUUCCUUGCUCCAUUCUUUGGGCUGAGCGCUGUGGCAAGCGAAAAACCUGCGAGCCAGCAAUGGGCCGCGACAUACCCUCCAAGGCUGCCUAGUCUGUUUCUCACUCUGUGUUGCUCUCAAAACCCCAAAGCAUUAGCAAAGUUUGCUCUGUCUUACAUGACAAGCAUCGGACACACCUACGGCAGCGCCCCGAUGGGCAGAGUGGUAGACGACAAGUUCCAAGUCAUGGGUGUGAACGGGCUUUCUAUUGUUGAUGCUUCUGUUCUCCCUCAAUUAACCCGAAUGAACCCAGUCUACACGGUCAUGGCAUUGGGCAGAAUGGUGGUACAACUUAAUUUCCUGCUUGAGCUUUUAGAAACUUUUGCAGCAUUCAUUCAUUCAUCGUGCAACAAGAAAUCUCAACCGUGUCAUCAGAUACACGUACGGCGGUCCGCUGGCAGCGUUCUACUACCAGUUGUGCAAUACCGGCGGGACUUCUGCGAAUUUCUUGCCUUUAAUUUGGCGCUUGCCAACUUUUAUUGCAACUUCGGGGGGCGCGAGUCAAUGGGCAACCAUCCUUCGCAUCCCUCUAUUCCUCUUGAUGGGUAUUUGGCUGUACGGGCUUCCAUAGAGGCCCGCUUUCCCCCUUCCCAGGAGCUCCGUCAAAUAAAGCCAACUGAAGCUACAGCCUGCUGGGGAGCCCCCGGUGGAGAGCUGCACGCAACCCUCUCAGGGGGGCGCCCGCAGGAGAAUCCAGUUGCUGGAGAACCAUGCAGAUCCAAUGUCCCACUACUUUUGAACAGGGUUGCUGCGGGGGCCCUCGUCCCUCCUACCCUCAGUGUCGCUGAAACCACCGACACAAACUCAGAUUGGGCUCCCGACGAGUUCGAAGCAGCAGCAUCUUCAGAAAUCUUGGGUGGACCCUCGCAGUCAUUCACAAGGGAGAAGGCACCUCGUGUGAGGGCGCAAUCGCCCCAGCCCUUUCCGUCGAUGUCACACUGCUCAUCGACGGUGUCUAGGAAAGCAGGGACCCACAAGCAGCAGCUGCCAGAGCGUGAAAUCAGCGGUAGCAGUAGCCGCAGCAGCAGGAGCAACAGUAGCGGCAGCAACGACGGAGGUUCCGCAUGCAGCACACGCAAGGUAUAUGCUGUGAGCGCGUUUCCCGGUCCUAGCAGCAGGCCGAAGCAGCUGGAUGCGACACUCGUCGCGUCAUCAGGAGGAGCUCAAAGACCAAGGCAGGACAGGAGUCAGCAAAAGAACUCCAGCAGAAGCCCACCUGGUGCUUGCAUUGCGGACCAGCACAAAGCAGGGUUUCCCGUGGGGACCCGCCAGACACGUGUUGCUAGAGGGGCCCCUGAGGGGCGCGCUGCUGGUGUUCCAUCGGCGGGUGCUGAGGAACAUGAAAUGUUCUGUCCCCUUUCGCCGAACUCAGCCUUGGGAUCUUGCACUCCGUCGAAAGCAUCGAGUAAAAGUGCCCCCAAAACGAUGGGGCAGACAGCCGUUUUUGUCGGGACGACUUCUUCGUCUCAUGGCAUGCCCGCAGAAAGAAACAUAUCUUAUGGGCCUGCAUGCAACCACCUUCCUUUUCUUGAAGGCAGAGCGCUGCAGGCGCUGUUACCGUUUCUCUUUGGACGGACUUUGGGGAUCUGUAUGAGUGUCUGCGUGCACUGGUUUAUGAGGAUUAGCAACGGUCUUGCUGAAAUGUGUUCCCCCAUCGUUAGAGGUUUUGAAGCGUCUUACGGGAAGUACUUAUACCCUGUUAACGCCACCGUGAAGCUACAGGCGCUGCACACUACAGAAGGAAAUGGCGUCCGGCUAGACUGGGUUAUAACUGCGAAGGUGUUGCCGCCCUCUGCAAAUCAUGUACUUUCUUUGGGUUAUUGUUUUAAGUACCGCCCUCCUUCUUCUCUCAACGGCUGGCACGCGCCUUCGCGUUGCACUUUUACAGGACGGGACUUCUCGGGUCGGGCUGACGGAAUCUCCUUGAUGUCUAGCAGAUCUUAUCUGCGUAGACUGCAAGGGGGUUGCCAGAGCCCAGGAGCUAUCAUACGGCCCCCAAGCUGCGCUUUGGGGGAGGCAACUGAGCAUCGGAGAGAAGCACCCAUGUUUUCUGUUGCCGUUGCGCCUGCUGCAAGCAAACGGCGGCUGUGGCUGCAUCGGGACAUGUGCAGAUUUCACGGAGAUGAGACCGGGCAGGCAGUGUCGUCUCAUUUGGGCCCUGUAUGUGUAGGGGAUUUCGUGGAAGUGCCAGUUGUUCUCUCAAACGGCAUAGGGGCGUCUGAUGUGUCUUCGAUACAAUGGUUCCCUAUUAGCAUCGCCAGAAGGGUGCCGAGGGUCCUCUCGGGGCCGAGAGCUUUCGAUGCAGCGUCUAAGGGCUUAUAUGAAGGAUGCAGCUUGGAACUGCAGUAUACUGAGUGGUUCGACGGCGAUCAAUACCGGCACAUGACCACCGAAAGGUUGCAGAGGGCUGAAUGCUUGGAACCAGAAUUACAUCAUGAAUCCACGGAGUACUCCGGUAUAGAUCUGCUCGUCAGGCGGUCUCUGUACCGAGCAAUGCAAGAAGGUACAGCUGGAGCGGCUGCGCAGCGAGCUUGGGGUCUGCAAUGCAAAGUGGUUUCCCAAGAGGCGCCCAUUGUUUUCCCCUUGACACGCAAAGGUCUUCUACACGACCGAUCGACCUGCCUUCAGCUCCGCGUGGGUGACACAUUGGAGUCGUACUUAACAAUCGGGGGAGCGAAUGUUUGA